AGGCGUAGUCUUUGGCCGCGGUUCCGCCUUAAAUUCAGCGCUGUUCCCGCUGUACGAGGAGGGUUCGGGACGCACUGAGACCAGCAGAAUGCCGAACUUUGGUGGUGGAAACAAGUGUGGCGUUUGCCAGAAGACUGUAUACUUUGCCGAGGAAGUGCAAUGUGAUGGGAAGUUCUUCCACAAGUCAUGCUUCCGCUGUAUGGCCUGUAAAAAGAACCUAGACAGCACUACACUUGCUGUGCAUGGAAACGAAAUCUACUGCAAAUCAUGUUAUGGGAAAAAGUAUGGACCUAAAGGUUAUGGCUACGGCCAGGGUGCCGGUGUUCUGAGCACGGAUACUGGAUCAAGGGUUGGAAUAAAACCCGUGCAACCCCAGGCUCAUUGCCCAACAACCAAUGUCAAUGAAUCAAAGUUUGCCCAGAAAUUUGGCAGUUCAGAAAAGUGCCAUCGGUGUGGACAAUCAGUUUAUGCUGCGGAGAAAGUUAUUGGAGCUGGCCAGUCUUGGCAUAAGGCUUGCUUCCGCUGUGCUAGUUGUGGGAAAGGCCUGGAGUCCACAACAUUGGCUGAUAAGGAUGGGGAGAUCUAUUGCAAAGGUUGUUACGGUAAGAAUUUUGGACCUAAAGGAUUUGGCUAUGGUCAAGGAGCUGGUGCACUCGUCAACACCCAGUAAAAGGGCCUUGUGCUGAACCUGGAAACUAUGUGAACACGAGGGGGCCCUGCCUACAGUAUUUGCUGAAUUCUGGAUAUUGCUGUAGCAAUAGCAGUAGUAAUACAAAUUACAGCAUUGUGUAUAUAUAAACAACAGGAUGUUUUCUCACUUUUUUUUGCAUUGCUUGGCACAGGUUACUACAUGUACCAUGUUAUUGUAUUGUCUCCAAAGUAAGUGCUUUCAGAUUAAAUAUACUAACGUGAAAACCAGAAUCAAUAAUGACUCCCAUCCAAAAUCUAAUUUUAGUGCUUUGAAUCUGCUUAUGACUAAUUACACACUUCAUGUUAGCAUGAACUUGGCAGCUGCAUUUCUCAACACUACAAUAUUUAUUCACCUCUGUGUUCUUUUUCCCUUGUAUGCAUGCAUCUGUAGAAUUGCAUAUUUGUGCUGUAGUGUAGAUGAACUAUCCAUUUUUUUAAAGUUCUUAGUUGCUAGAAUUGCUUAGCCAGGUGUCAGUUCGAUUCAGAUGUGAUGUCUCUAAUCUGGUUUAUUAGCUACAGUUAAUUCAGGUGUUUGAUCUGGCUGUUUGUUUCGCUAAAUCUUCAAAGUUUCACAUGAUAAAAUUGGUGACCAUCGAACACCUGAAGUUUACUCCAAUUUAGUCCACUGUUGACUUUUUUCACAUUUCAGGUGACUUUAAAGUUGUAGUGGCAAGUAAAUAAGAGAAACACUUCUGAUUUUCAAUAACCUAAGCUUGGACUGCAACGUGCCUAACAAGUUUAUCAGCUCUACUUUUGAGGAAAUCUUUUUUUUAAAAAAGAAGUAUCGAUGCAAGGAGUUAAAUCUGUGAUUCAUCCUACCAUUAAUUUGGUAUAAAUGUUGCUCUGAUAAAUAAAUGGUAGAUUUUUGGGUUGGAGCAAUGCAACACAUGAUUCCCAAAUGUUGGCUUGGUAUUAACUUGCUUUCUAUAGUAUAUACGAAAAAAGCGAGGACUAUAUAUCAUGUUUUUUUUAAGUGCAACUUGUUUUGCUAAUUUGAUUACCUGUUGGGUUUUUGGACCAUUUUCUAAACUUUCUUUUCCAUGUUACAUGAAAGCAGUGUCUUACAUUUCAAUAAAGGCCACCUGGUUCUCCUGCAGAA